GCAUAUUUAUUAUGUGAUUAAAAAUUAUAAAAAAAUUCAAAUAUUUGAUAUAAGGAAUAUCAAAAGUUACAUAUAGGAAAGAAAGAAUGUUGAAAAAGUAAAGUAUUUUAAUAGUAAAAUAAAUAACGAACAUUAUAAUAGUGUAUUUAUAAAAAAGCAUGGCGUCCAAUCCUAUUAUUUCGUUUGUGUAUAACAUAACCUAUCAAAGUCUUUUAAAUAAAAGAAAUGUUAUCUCAAAUUUUAAUGGAAUAGCGUGUUUUUUCAAAAAUAUGACAGGACCAUAAUAUUAGUAAGUGGAAAUACUUUGUACAUCAUUCAAAAUGAUAGAUUUCAAUUUAAUUAGGGAAUAUUUAAGUAUGCAAGUUAAUGAAAUAAUUUGUUGGUGGUGGUUUUACAUCAAUGAAAUUUCAUGGCAAUUGUUAAUAGCUAUUACCGCAUAUCUUUGCGUUUGUAUUUUUCUCUAUUCAAUUCUGAAGAAAGUUAGCCACACAGCAUGGCAGCUUCCAGGUCCACCUGCUAGAAUAUUGUUAGUCACAGCACAUCCUGAUGAUGAAGUCAUGUUUUUUGGUCCAUUGGUAUACUGGGUUACAAAAUCCAAGGCUAGUGAAAUUUAUCUUCUCUGUCUUAGUAAUGGCGGUGAUAAGAGAAGAAAAGAAGAGUUAUGGGAAUGUACAAAAAUAUUAGGAAUUCCUGAAGAUAAUGUAACUAUAAUAAUGAGUACAGAGUUACCUGAUGAUCAAAAUGUACAAUGGCCAACAGAGAUAGUGGCAGAAUUUAUUUUACAAUAUAUAGAAAGUUAUAAAAUCAAUGCAGUUGUAACAUUUGAUAAGCAUGGUAUAAGCAGACAUAAAAAUCAUAUUUCUUUAUAUUUUGCCAUAGCUGCAUUAUGCAUAGAAAAAAAAGUACCAUAUUAUUGUAAACUAUAUGUUUUAGAAUCUGUAAAUAUAUUUAGAAAAUAUGUACAACUUUUAGAUUUACCAAUUAGUUUAUUAACUGCUUCAUAUUGGUAUUUAAUAACAUAUAAUCAAAAAAAAAUUAUAAAAAAAGGUAUGAUUGCACAUAAAUCUCAAUAUGUUUGGUUUCGAAAGUUAUACAUGAUAUUUUCGCGAUAUACAUUCAUCAAUACUUUUCAAGAAAUGAGUGCUCUUGAUCUGGAAUUAGAUCUCCAAUUUGAUGAUGAGUAAUCUAAUUAAUAUAUAUUACUGUACAAAAUGUAAUUAAUUGUACAUACUAAAAAAAUUAUAUUUGUCUAUUAAUAUGUAAUAAAACGAUUACAGCAUUCUCAAAUUAA